ACCAUCCCAGGACAGGAGUGGUUUGGAGAAGGGCACUUGUCUACAGCGACUGUGGUAGGAAUCCUGAAUGGCAAGAAGGACAGAAUGAUCAGCUGAAGCCGCAGAGCUCCAUGAUGCCAGCGGAGCACAUCUUUCUAGGGGCACUGGACAGCAGGGCUUCCUUGGUUGCCUAAUACCAGGCACACGUCAUUCUCCUGGGCUGGCUGUAAACGGCUUCCUGGAAGUCCAGCCCCAGCCACCAGCAGAGUCCAGCGGGUUCUGGCCACGAUUCCAAGGGGCGCCUCUUCUUUAUAAGGUCUCUGCCACUGAACCUCCAAUCAGACAGCGACGAGCAAACAUAGAGAUGUGACUUGACUGGAGAUGGAAAUUUCCAUAUUACUGCUGGGGCCACUGCAAACAACAGAGUAAAGACUGCAGUCUGCCAAAUACAAGAUAACCUACGAUAUGCACAAUUGUGCAUCUAGAUUUGAAGCUUCUUAAUGCCAUCACUGUGAAACUGCAUGUUGCUCCUCAGCAUUGUCAUCAUGAUUUCCCAAAGAAAACAUCACUGCUGCACUUUAAGGUUGAAACUGACAACCAAGCGUUUAAUGUUCUACGGCAUUGUAUCUGGAUUUUUUACUUUUGCUUUCCUGGUCUUCAUGUUGUUGACUGUAAACAAUUAUGAAUGGUUCCCAAGGAGAAGUGUUGUAACAGAAAAUCUUCAAGCACGCAAUUCUUUUCAGGUCAGUUCUAGAACUAGUCAAACAAGUCCAAUGCUGUUGGAGAACCUUGUAAAAUCUCAAGACUUCCAUCAUUACAGAUACAUUAUUAAUGAGCCUAAUAAAUGUCAAAAGAAAAGUCCUUUUCUUAUUUUGCUUAUAGCAAUACAAACAUGGCAACAGGAAGCUCGUCACGCUAUCAGACAAACCUGGGGAAAAGAAGAUCUUUUGCCUGGGGUCCAUACACUGAGGUUAUUUCUAUUGGGAAAGGAUACUGAUUUGACUAAUGAAACAAAACAGACUCUUCUGAAUGAAAGUCAGCAGUAUAAUGAUAUAAUACAGCAGGAUUUUAUGGACACGUACAACAACCUAACUCUUAAGACUUUGAUGGGAUUGGACUGGAUAGCAACAUACUGUCCACAAGUCCCAUAUGUCAUGAAGAUAGACAGUGACAUGUUUGUAAACACAGAAUAUUUAAUAACUAAUCUCUUGAAGCCCGACCAACCACCAAGAAUCAAAUACUUUACAGGGUAUUUAAUGCGAGAUUAUAUACCCAAUCGAAAUGCAGAAAGUAAAUGGUACAUGCCACCAGAAUUGUACCCAGGUGAUAGAUACCCUGUCUUUUGCUCAGGAACUGGAUAUGUGUUUUCUGGAGAUCUGGCAGAAGAAAUAAUUAACAUUUCUGGAAGCAUUAAAAUGCUUCACUUAGAGGAUGUGUAUGUUGGCAUAUGCCUAGACAAAUUGGGCAUUGUGCCUGUACCCCCGCCUAAGGAAAGUGAUUUCAACCACUGGAAAGUUAGCUAUUCCCCAUGUACAUACAGCAAAUUAGUCACAUCCCACCAGUACAAGCCCAGUGAACUGCUCUGGUACUGGGACAAUCUACAACAGAAUAAACACAAAUGUUUUAAAUAACUGUUUAAAAAAUAUGUGAUCAUCAACAAAAACGUUUGUCUGGUGUAGUCAGUGUGUAUGUUUUAAGAAUAAUACAACUGUGUAAUAAUAAUAAUUGAGAUUUGUCAUAUAUUUAUUUUUAAAUUUAAAUAAUAUUCCUGCAUUGAACAUACUGAGAUGUUGUGGUAGAAAAGUGAUGGUAAGGAAUGCUUACACAUAUGAAAAUGAUGUACAGCUCAUGUCAAAUGAAUUAAACAAUCGGUACAUUCUUAUGAAAUAAUUUAUUAUUUAUUACAGUGAGCAAGUUAGUUCAUGUUA